AUGGCUUCUCUAUGGAAGAAAGAGUCUAUAAACCUAAGCAAAUUCUUGAGUAAUAUUCUACCCGUUGUGUUGGUAGGAGGUCUAGCCACUGCCAUUUUACUCUCUUUCGUCUCCUUCAGCAACUACUUGGACUCCAAGUCCGGCCCACAAACGGAGCCUCUUUUUCUCCAUUUAGAUUCAUUUUCCGUAUCAAAUUUCAAGGUUUCCAAUUCCUCGUUUUCGGCCCAAUGGGAUGCCAAAUUGACCUUCAAGAACCGAAAUGGUGGGUUGAAGAUCGUCCUCUAUGCCUUUCACAUUUCUGUGUGUUACAAUGAAGGUGGCGAUGUCCCUUUAUCGUGUGCUUUUGUGGAUGAAAUCCAAAUUUAUCCCAAGAAAGAACAAACGGUUGAGAUUAGAUUUGAUAGAACAACAUCAGGAUCAUUAUCGUGUGGUGAUCAUGAUCAUGAAAAGGGAUUUAUGGAGGGUCAGAUGAUGAAGAAGUUGAAUGAAGAUGUGAAGAGUGGGGACCUCAAUUUGAGCUUGAGAAUGGAGACAAAUGCUUUCUAUGGUAUUAGAUUGUUGGGUUUUGGAACCACUCUGGUUUUAACUCCCAACUGUCAAGAUUUGAAUGUUAAGUUUUUGGGUCAAAGUGGUGAGGGAAAGAUGAUGGGUCAACGGAAUUGCUCCAUUCCUUUGCCUAAAUUGAUUUGA